CUCAGAAAGGAUGCUGCGGGAAAGCAGCAGUGUUGUCAUAGCGCCCCUUGUGUUGGGGCGCUCGAAUGACCAGGACAUGGUUUGUUUCUUACUUCUACAUGAACGCCGUGUGUUUUCGAUAGAUUUUUGAUUGACACCUAUGUUUUUGUUAAGCGCAUAUAUUUACAGGGUUGGAAAUUCCGAUGGCAUUCAGACUAAUUUUUAUAAUCCAGUAUGAAAAUAGAAAGUGCUUGUUUUGAUGGGUAUUGUUGGCUGUGUGACCUCAUAAAGAUGGGUUUAUAAAUGCGAAGCACAGCUCUCAUCGCCGUCUUUAGUAUCCAAGUCAUUACAAUCCUAAUCUUGAUCUAUUGUUUCCGAGCCAACAUGCCGAAUACCUCUCACUUUGGUAACUUGGCAGUGCAGGACUACCACAGGCAGGUUGGACACGUGGUGUCUCACGUCAUGGAGGAGUUCAAAAAGCUAACCGGGGAAAAUGGUCAGCUGCCGGAGGACCACUGUCGCAAGCAGCUGCUGGCAGACCUGAUGGGUGGACUCAAUGUCUCUGGUCGAUAUUUUGACUUUAAGGAACAAAUAAAGGAUGCUGUGGUGGGCAUUGUGUGUGACCAACUGCAACAAAAGGAGGCAUUCACAGACCGUGUGGAGCUGCAGAAGUUUAUCUGCAAACUGUAUCAUUACCUGGUGGAUGAAACGAGAAUUGCUCUGAAAAAGAUCUACUCAGGUGAGGCCGUCCUCGCCCCGCUGGAGGACAUGCAGGUGAGCUCACCUGAGCUUCUACGUUUGGCAAAAGAGGCUCAGCUCAUUGGAGACUACCGACACGCUGCUCAUUAUUACAACCAGCUGGUGCUGAGACAUCCCGAAGAACCCAAGUGCAAAUAUGACUGGGGAGGUCUUUACAUGCUGACUGGAGACUACAUGAAGGCCAAAGAGUGCUUCCAGGAUGCCACGUCCUCAGAGCAGAAGCACCCUCCGAGCUUGAUGAUGUGUGGAAUUUUGGCUGCCAUGGCUGAAAACAAUAAGGAGGCUGAGAUUUUUCUGUGGCGAGCUGCUAGUGUGGAUCCUCCCUGUGUGAUGGCCUGGAUGUUACUGGGUAUGCUUCUGGAGAGUCAAAACAAAUCAAAGAAGGCCACAAGUGCUUUCUGCAAGGUCAGAGAGAUACUGAAUACAGAUAAUACGGCUCAACAGCAGCAAGAGGAAGUGGAAGCAUUUCAGUCUCCUUUCAUAUCAGAAGACUCAGAAGAUGAGGACACAGCAGUCCACAACGUUGCAGAUGCAGUUCCAGAGUCUGAUAAGCUUCCAUCCUCUAUUUACACCGAGACUCUACAGUUCCUGCUGCAGAAUCACGCCCUGCAGAUGGCAGAACUCGCUCUGUCACAGCAGCUGCUUCAUUCCGAUGAAGGUCGCAGUCGCACGUACCUGCGGGAUCUGGCACAUCUGCAGAUGCUGAAGGAAGAAUAUUGCAAUGCUGCGGCCAACCUGAAGGAGGCGCUGUUUCACAAAGAUAAGUUUCAAAAGAGGCCCGAUCCAGACAUCUGGGCUCUGAUCGGACACUGCUUUUAUAAAAGGUGGAUGUUUGAUAAUGCUAAGGAAAGCUAUGAGCACAGUCUGACGUUAGCGGAUCGUCCGACGGACUUCCAGCUCGUGUGCCUUCGCCUGGGCUUCAUGUACCUGAAGGAGGGGAAGUUUGAACGAGCCAAGGUGGUCUACCUGAAGGCUUGUGAGACCUCGCCAUCCUGCCUGACGUGGCUCGGCCUCGGCACCGCCUGUUACUGGCGGGAGGAGCUCUCUGAUGCAGAAGAUGCCUUGGUACAUGCUAAUCACCUAAACACUCAGAAUGCAGAGGUAUGGGCUUACCUGGCUCUCAUCUGUCUGAAGACGGCUCGAUAUCAAGAGGCAGAGCAGUUUCAUGCCUAUGCCAGAAGGUUCAACCUGCAGCAAAAGUCCCUGCUGGAUGAGUAUGAGAAGGUCAAGGUUCAUAUUUUCAGCUAUUAGACAUGACCUGGUGACGUGGUGCUUGUCACCGUGGAUCUACUUUCUGUGUCUUUUCAACCUGACUAGUGUCCAAUAAAACCAACAAAC